UGCCCUCCAGUCCUCGAGCAGUGGGUGCGCUGGGAGGGGCCAAGAACUCCCGAGAUUGCCGCAUAAUUCCUCCUUUUCUCCCUCCUUGGUUAACCUUUAUCGUGAAAUAGAAAGGUUGAUACAUAAGUUAAACCGUGAUAUUUAUCAUGCGCAUAUCGAGGCUGCCACGGAAGUGCGAAUGCGAGUAAAUAAAAACACUUGAGGCUGGUGGACAGGAUCCGCCAUAUUCGUUGUACUGAGGCAGACACACAGCUGUUCUCUCCUGUGUUUCCCUGCCGCCUGGAGCCCCCCUGCUCAGCGAGGCCGUGAACAGUAGACGACGGAGUGAUCUGUGAUUGCUGAAGGAGCGUUCUGAACCGUAUAUAGACCAAGGUUGUGCCUCAGAAACGAUAAGAGUGGCGCAAGGUGUCAAGGGCCAGUAUUGGAUUUUCUGAUGCUGUAGAUUCCAGGUUCCUGCCCCUCGGCCAGGUGCAUGUCUGUGUCAGCUGUGUGAGGGAGGGGCGCCGCGUGUGUGUGGGGGAGGAAGGAAGUUUGGCCCGCUGCUGCAAGUCGGUCAUUGAUUGUGGAGGUGGUGGUGGUGGUGGUGGUGCAGCAGCAGGGCGAGGAGGGCCGUGCAGCAGCAGGCAGCAGGAGCAGCACGGCGUGAAACGGGAGCCUGAGGCUGUGCAGCAGGGUGCAGGAGGGGCUGCAGCAGGGAGUGGGAGGAGCAGGUGAAGGCGGAGUGUGCAGGCUGUGCUGUGGCCAUGGCAAUGCAGCCGUCGAGCAGUGCUGUGCGAGCCCUGUCCCUGGAAUACAGAGGACUCCAGGACGAGCCGGUGGAGGGCUUCUGCGUCAAGCUCCUCAACGACGACAACCUUUUCGAGUGGGAGGUGGCCAUCUUCGGUCCGCCCGACACACUCUACCAGGGAGGCUACUUCAAGGCACAUGUCAAGUUCCCACCGGACUACCCAUACUCCCCUCCGUCCGUCCGCUUCCUCACCAAGGUGUGGCAUCCCAACGUCUAUGAGAACGGGGACCUCUGUAUCUCCAUCCUCCACCCCCCUGUCGACGACCCUCAGAGCGGCGAGCUGCCCUGUGAACGCUGGAACCCAACACAGAAUGUUCGCACAGUGUUGCUGUCGGUGAUCUCCCUGCUGAACGAGCCCAACACAUACUCCCCCGCUAACGUGGACGCCUCAGUCAUGUACAGGCGCUGGCGGGACUCCAAAGGGAAGGACAAGGAGUACGAGAACAUCAUCAGGAAACAAGUGAUGUCAUCCAGGGUGGAGGCCGAACGUGACGGUGUGGUUGUGCCGCUGACGCAGGAGGACUACUGCAUCAAGACUAAGGUCAAACCAGAUGCUGAGCCUGUUGACAUGUACGACUUUUAUGAUGAUGACUACGAUAUUGAUGACGAUGAUGAGGAAGAGGAGGAGGAGGACCUCUCAGAUAAUGCGGAAAUUGAUGACGGCGAUGACAGUGGAAACGGAGAGUCGUGAUAGGCUGGCGGCAGCGGCAUCAGAGGACAACUGGUUUCCGGCUCGAGUGCUUAAACGUCCAUAGAGGAAUAGAAGACAGAAAAUAUGAGUCAUUCACGGUAUAACUGUUCAUGGUGUUGCUGACGAUGUAAAUGGAUCUUGCGUUUCUCCUGAAGUGCUGUGGUGGUGUGGGAUGAAGGUUAGUGGACAGCACCCCUCCACCCUGCCUCCCUCCAGACACACACACACACACACACACCAUGCUUCCCUCACACUUACUACUAUUGGUCCCUCACAGCUGAACACUUUGCCCCAUAUACUUUUAAGGACUAGGCUCCACAGAACUAAACAUUUUGCAUCAGCCUGAGGUUGUAGAAGGCCUCAUUAAGCUGCAAGUUUAGUUCCAUACAGCUAAGGACUUAAUAAUUUGCUGGUUUGGACUGUGUCACAUUAGAGUAAGAACAUUGUUUUCAGCUGAGGUCAAGUACAGUAGAAAUUAGCCUACACAUUUGGCUCUUCAGCUGGUAACAUUGCACCACAAUUAAGAGUUUAACUUCACAACAAAGGGACUUACUCAAAACAAGCAUAAUUUUUGGCAACACUGAACAAAUGACUUUCUUCUAUAUAACAGAAAAUAUACCACAUUCAGCUGAAAUUUAGAACACCAUGCAGCUGAGGAGAGUCGGGGACACUUCCAGGAGUGGUAGAUAAUGGUAAUUCGCUGGUCUCAGUGAUAUUCUUUACAAACUGCAAGUGAUGGAAUCUGACUAGUCUCCUUAUUUUUUUUUUUACUACUGCUCCAGCUGCCUGUGAAUUUUGGUUGACAUGCCAGCCGCAGUAGAAGGAACAGUAACAAGAGGGAUACACGAUGUUUGCAGUUAUCUUAUAUAGGUUUUUUUCUUUCAUGAUAAGAAGGGUAUCACAAAAAUACAAAUAUUGUUUUUGCAAUAUAUCAAAUAUAAUGUUGAUGGGCUUGAAAACUGAAGGAAAGUGUGCAAUCACAAGAAAAUAUUGAUAUUUUGUAGGUAGAUAAUUGCCUGCACUUCAUACUUUUAAAGUUUCUAAUUAUUGGCAUUAAGAAAAUGUAAGUGAUAUUUAACAAUGAGAAUGAGUGUAGAGAUGAAUGUGACAUUGUGUUGCCCAGUGACCUGUGUUUUCACCUCUGAGGAAGCAGGACCCACAGGCUAGCAAUGUGUGGUGUAGGAUAAUAAAAUUAGUAGUAAUACUGUGUAUAUUGGAGAGAGUAUCCCAGUAAUGCCAUGUCAAAAAGAGUACUUUGUUUCUUUUCUUCAAAAAUUCUUGCUGCAAAGUUGACUCCCCAGCCAUGUUACUUUUCUCUUCACAAACAAUAAUUCCAUCCAAAUUUAUAUAUGUACUUUACCCAUGAUGGCUGGAGUGUGACCCAACUACACAGUGAGUUAGGGAGCGAGUGAGGGUAGGUUACUAUCACAUUAUGGGUCACUUACUGUUAAGCUAACAUCCAGACCACUUCUGAACCACUUUAUGGGCACUUUUCUGGGCCACCAAGGAGCUUCCUUCAUGAAUGCUGAGUGUUGGGAAUUACAUUAGUAUACAAUGUUAAUUCAUAAUGACUCCCUAUGAAGUUUACUUUUUGUGAGCUAAGUGAUCUAAGGGGAGAGUACGUGAAAGAGUUGAGAUGAAAGUUAGAUGGAGGAGGUUAAUUGCAGGAGAUUCAUUGUACAUAACUCAUUGUCAUAUUUAUAAUCACCUUUUCUGUGAACAAAUGAUAUGAGGCAUGUUACCAUGAUGAGGAAACAACAGGAGUUAGAAAGUGACUAAGUUCUCUUACAACAUUUCAGCAGCUCAAUGCCUGUGGAUGGACAUUUGCUCAUUUCUCUGUUGUGUUCUCUCAGUUUUGAUGUUGAAUACAUUAGCUUCAGUAGUAAAAAAAAUAUUGGCACAUGACUUAGCAAGGUAGCUAACUUACCUUGUUGCACCAUGUAAAAAAAAUAUCCUGGAUUUGACAUUUUAGAAACUGGUUUUUAAUAGCAUUCUUUGUAUAGUGACAAAAAGAUAUUCUUUGUAUGUAUGAUAUUUUUCAAGUUGUAACAACAUGCUGAUUUGUGCAUUAAGCAUUUAAGUAUUAUGUGUAGUAUUUUUGUUCCUAGUGCGGAUAUUUCUAUUGAAAGAAAAAAGUCAAGGAGAUGUGAAAUGCUGUACUGAGCAGAAAGCAAACUGCUGCACUUUUGUAUGAUAAGUAAUUUAAGGACAAGCAGGCUUCAUUUAGUGUAAUAAAAAAAUAUUGUUACAA